AUGGGAGGCAUAACUGGCUUUAAAGAGAGUCAUCCCAAGUACGAGUUCGAGUAUCAUGUAGAAGACCCCCACACUCACGACAACAAGAAGCAGCAGGAGCACCGCGACGGCGACGUCGUGAAGGGCCGCUACAGCCUUCACCAGCCCGAUGGCCACGUGAGACAUGUGGAAUAUCACGCCGACAAACAUGGAUUCCACGCAGACGUAAAAUACAGCCAACAUCAUGGUCAUGAUCAUCAUGGUCACCAUUAA